AUGAGUGGAGGAGUAGAGAAAGCUUCAGGAACAACUAAGACACCAAAUGAUUUCUUGAAGUCGAUUCGUGGUAGACCAGUUGUUGUCAAGCUUAACUCUGGUGUUGAUUAUCGAGGCCUUCUUACUUGUCUUGACGGGUACAUGAACAUUGCAAUGGAGCAAACUGAAGAGUACGUAAAUGGGCAGCUAAAGGAGAAGUAUGGGGACGCUUUUAUCCGUGGAAACAACGUACUUUACAUCAGCACAACAACAAAGACCUCGGCAGAUGGAGCCUAA